AUUUGCACGUGCCAACCACGAGAUGAUGACAAAAUCGGAAGCGUCACCACUGGUUAAAGCAUCCACGCCAACGCCUUGUGGAUUUGAUUUGUGCGGCUAUCGAGUUGGCAAGGUUGGUGCCUGUGCCCUGGCGUCCCUUGUCGUGGGUGGGCUGAUUGCUGCUUGCAUCGCUGGUUCCACGAGCCAAGUCGAACCACCUUUCUGCGACCCGAAAACCCGCCACGAAUUCGGCUACAUCAAGCUACCGCACAAGACCAACGACCAGUACUUUUACUCGUUCUUUGAGUCCCGUAAUGACCCAGCCACCGACCCCCUCGUGAUGUGGCUCGAAGGCGGCCCCGGGUCGUCAUCUACCUGGACGUUGUUCAACGUCAACGGUCCGUGCUUCAUUGGUGACGACGUCAACUCGACGGAGCCGAAUCCGCAUUCGUGGACCAAUCGCGCUAACGUCAUCUGGUUGGACCAACCCACGGGCGUCGGCUUCUCGCAGGGCGACUUCCAAGACGACGACCACAACGAAGGGGAUGUGGGGCGCAACGUUUACGAAUUCCUUCAAGGGUGGCUGAAAAAACAUCCGACGUUUCAAUCCAGACCGUUCUUCCUGACGGGGCAGAGCUACGGGGGCCACUACGUUCCAGCGGCGGCGCAUUACAUCGUGACCCGCCAGUCGGCCACCAACCAAACAGCCAAUACCAUUCCCAUCAAUCUACAGGGUAUUGCCAUUGGCAACGGGUUCACAGACACGCCGGUGCAACUUCCGAUGAUCGUGGACAUGGUCGAGAGUGUGAAAGACCAGUACAACAUCACGUUGGCCUCCCCCGCGGAACUCUCCCAAAUGCGUCGAGAUGCUCUAGUGGUGGCGCAUCUAAUUGAGCAAUGCCAGCUACCCAACGAAACCACAUCGUGUUUGGACGCGCUAGAGAUGUGGGGAGAGCGCCUCUUGGCCCCCAUGACCACAAACCCUUCGCGGAACCCAUACGACAUUCGCCAAGUGUGCGACCCCAACUGCAGCGACUACGGCAUGGCCAAAACGGGAGUGUACUUGAACCAACCGUGGAUUCAAGCUCGGCUCGGGGUCAACAAGUCGUACUCGUGGAACAACGCCACGGUGGCGAUGGCGUUUAUCGGCGACGGGGGCAAGUCCGCUGUCCAGUACAUGCCUGCCGUGUUGGAGAGCGGUGUCAGCGUGCUGUUGUACGUUGGGGAUGCAGACCUCAUGUGCGACUACAAGGGCAACGACGCGUGGUCGAAGGCGCUCAAGUGGUCUGGCCAGGCUGCUUACAAUGCCGCGGAGGUCCAAGACCUAGUGGUUCACGGGAAUAUAGCCGGCCAAGUGCGCUCUGCCGGCAACUUGGCGUUUGUCCGAGUAUUCAACUCAGGCCAUGGGGUGCCAGUCGACCAACCGGUCGUGGGACUCGCCCUGAUCGAUCGAUUUUUCAACCGUUUGGCCUUGAAUGAUGAAGUGUAGUGUUCACAAACCAUGAUGGAAGCGACUUCUUGCGAGGUCAUUUAUUUUAGUUGCCGAUGCCAUAAUACCAUAUUACCAUGGAGGCGUAGAACCUUUGAAUGGGCUAUAGAUGUUCUACCCUAUCUAUCUAUCUAUAUAUUGUGA